CAAAAAUGGCCUAUCUGCUGUUGUUUCAGGUUUGAACAGAAGAAACCAGAGACAAAGAUUCAAACAAACAAACACAUAGACAACGCCCUUUUGCACCUCAUAGCGGUUGAAAACAUGAGUCAGAAUUGAGAGAAAUAACAACAGCCUCUGAGAAAUACACUCACACACUGUUUUAUCCAUUAAAGUGUGUACAACAAAGCAAAAACCACCCCAGAAAAAAGGGAAGAUGAAAUGGCAUAAAAAGGAUUAAACUUUUGAUAACAUCUUUACAAGGGAAGAGGAAUAAAGGAUUCUUGCCUUCUGGGGUUGGUUGGUUGGUUGCUGUAGUUUGAUUCUUUGUUGUUAUCAUAUUGAAUAUCAUCACAGAAGCUUUGAAGGAUUUCAAAGAGAGAGUUGUUGGAACAAAGAGGAAGAGGGAGGAAUGUGGUUGCCAAGGAGUCAACAAGAGAAGGAUGGUGUAAAUGGAUUAGUAGCGGUUGCAAUAGACAAAGAAAAAGGAAGCAGGAAUGCACUCCAAUGGGCCAUUGAUCAUCUCCUCAACAAAGGUUCUACUGUGAUUCUCAUCCAUGUCAAGAUUAACUCUAAUUCCGCGCCUUCUUUCACCCCAAGAUCACUCACCGGAUUCAUCACCGGUAAAGAAUCUAUUGGCAGAGAACCUGAUGCCCAAAACAAAAGCAUUUUCCUCCCAUAUCGCGUCUUCUGCACACGGAAAGAUAUACAAUGCAAGGACGUCCUAAUAGAAGAUGUAGACGUUGCCAAAGCGAUAGUCGAAUAUGCCACUCAAGCAGGAAUUGAGCAUUUGGUUCUUGGAUCUUCAUCCAAAACCGGUUUGCUCAAAAGAUUCAAGGUAUCCGAUAUCCCAGGAUCAGUAACGAAAGGUGCACCAGAUUUCUGUACAGUCUAUGUUGUUUCCAAAGGGAAGAUUCAAUCGAUGCGAUCUGCUUCGCGUCCUGCUCCACCAUCUGUUGUUCAGCUUAGUUCAGAACAAACAAACUUACAAGUGCAGAUGCCUCCAGGUUGGAGAGAGCAUGAAAGGUUCUCUUAUGAGGGAACGCCACAUAGAUCGCAGGAGGGAACAACAGAAUUCCGGUCUCCCUUCACUAGGAAAGGAUAUCAUGAUAGGUACACGGAACAUUCUGCGCCGGAUCUUGACAUAUCCUUUGUAAGUAAUGGUAGGCCAAGCUCAGAACGGAUGGUCCCCUCGUUUUAUACUGCAGAAACAACAACGUCCUACUCCAACCCUCGGUUUUCAUAUUCCUCAGAACCAGAUACAAACUAUAGCUUUGAGUCAGUGCCUCAAAGGAGGUCUUUGGAUGCUAGCCUUCCUGCUGAAUUCCCUUCUAUCGUCUCGUUCGAGAAUGUUUCCCCUUCUACAUCUGCAGCUGUGGAUGAUAUAGAAGCUGAAAUGAGAAGAUUGAGGUUGGAGCUCAAGCAAACAAUGGAAAUGUACAACACAGCGUGUAAAGAAGCACUAACAGCACAACAGAAGGCGGUAGAACUUCAGCGUUGGAAACUGGAGGAAGAGAAGAAAUUGGAAGAGGCAAGGCUUGCGGAGGAAGCCGCGUUGGCGAUAGCAGAAAACGAGAAGGCAAGAUCUAGAGCAGCCCUUGAGGCCGCUGAAGCACAAAAAAGGAUAGCAGAGUUGGAAGCACAGAAGAGACUAAAUGCAGAAAUGAAAGCAAUUAAAGAAGCAGAAGAGAAGAAAAAAGCAAUUGAUGCUUUAUCACACUUAGAUAUUAGGUAUAGGAAGUAUUCGAUUGAGGAGAUCGAAGCUGCAACAGAGUUUUUCAAGGAGUCACUCAAGAUUGGAGAAGGUGGUUAUGGUCCAGUUUAUAAGUGCUGUUUGGAUCACACGCCGGUAGCAGUGAAGGUUCUACGUCCUGAUGCUGCGCAAGGAAGAGCACAAUUUCAAAGAGAGGUUGAGAUACUAAGCUGCAUACGGCAUCCAAACAUGGUUCUUCUCUUAGGGGCCUGUCCGGAAUAUGGUUGCCUUGUGUACGAGUACUUGUCUCAGGGAAGCUUGGAAGAUCGCCUCUUUCGUCGUGGCAACACUCCCUCACUUUCUUGGCAGAUCAGGUUCAAAAUUGCUGCUGAGAUUGGCACUGGCUUGUUAUUUCUUCACCAGACAAAGCCGGAGCCUUUAGUCCACAGGGACUUGAAACCGGCGAACAUCUUACUCAACAGCAACUUUGGGGCCAAGAUCAGUGAUGUUGGUUUGGCUAGGCUAGUCCCUCCAUCUGUGGCCGACAGCGUGACACAAUAUCACAUGACAUCUGCGGCCGGAACCUUCUGCUACAUCGACCCUGAGUACCAGCAGACAGGAAUGCUUGGGGUGAAAUCAGACAUAUACUCCCUUGGAGUCAUAUUUUUGCAGAUUUUGACAGCAAGACCACCAAUGGGUUUGGCGCAUAGCGUCGAAAGAUCCAUUGAGAAGGGGACUUUUGCGCAGAUGCUUGAUCCAACGGUGCCUGACUGGCCAAUAGAGGAGGCCAUGAGCUUUGCAAAGUUGGCAAUCCGGUGCGCCGAGCUACGAAGGAAAGACAGGCCUGACCUGGCCAAGGAAAUCUUGCCAGAAUUGAACAGGCUAAGAGACUUAGCUUAUAAAGACAAUCCAUUUUUCGCGGUUGGUAACUCUCUCGAUGCACCGUCGGAGGGCCAAGUUUCUCUGAAUAUGGAUUCAGGUCCCUCUAGUUAACACAUUAACUGGUGUUUGAACAAGAAAAUUGAAAAUUCCUUCGUUGAUUUGUACAUUAUUUAGGUGAAUGUAUGUAAUAGCAUUGCUUGAUUCUUCAUUUUUAAAAUAUGCAUCAAAAUGAUUGGUGAAAUGAGCAAACGUAAGAUUUGAUUUAUAUAUUAAAUCAUAUGAUUCAUGUAUUAAA